AUGUUUGGGAUUCAGGAAAACAUACCCAGAGGUGGCACGACCAUGAAGGAAGAACCUUUGGGAAGUGGGAUGAAUUCGGUUCGGUCUUGGAUGCAUACUGCCGGAGUGGUGGACGCCAACACGGCCGCCCAAAGCGGUGUCGGGCUGGCCCGGGCACACUUCGAAAAACAGCCUCCUUCCAAUCUCAGAAAAUCCAAUUUUUUCCACUUCGUCUUAGCUCUGUACGACAGGCAGGGACAGCCAGUGGAGAUUGAGAGGACAGCUUUUGUGGACUUUGUGGAGAAAGAGAAAGAACCAAACAAUGAGAAAACUAACAAUGGGAUUCAUUAUAAACUUCAGUUAUUGUACAGUAACGGAGUUAGAACAGAACAGGACUUGUAUGUUCGUCUAAUAGAUUCAAUGACCAAACAGGCGAUCGUUUACGAAGGGCAGGACAAAAACCCUGAAAUGUGCAGAGUACUUCUCACCCACGAAAUUAUGUGCAGCCGUUGUUGUGACAAGAAAAGUUGUGGCAACAGAAAUGAAACUCCCUCAGACCCUGUGAUCAUCGACAGAUUCUUUCUAAAGUUUUUCCUCAAGUGCAAUCAGAACUGUUUGAAGAAUGCAGGCAACCCCCGAGAUAUGCGACGAUUCCAGGUUGUUGUAUCAACAACAGUCAACGUCGAUGGCCAUGUAUUGGCCGUUUCAGACAACAUGUUCGUCCACAACAACUCUAAACAUGGAAGGAGGGCCAGACGUCUUGACCCGUCAGAAGCUACUCCGUGCAUCAAGGCUAUUAGUCCUAGUGAAGGCUGGACAACGGGAGGAGCUACGGUUAUCAUCAUUGGAGACAACUUCUUUGAUGGCUUGCAAGUUGUAUUUGGAACCAUGUUGGUCUGGAGCGAGCUGAUCACACCCCACGCCAUCAGAGUUCAAACCCCACCACGACACAUUCCCGGAGUUGUUGAAGUAACUCUCUCCUACAAAUCCAAGCAGUUCUGCAAAGGGGCCCCGGGACGGUUCGUCUACACAGCCCUUAAUGAACCAACCAUAGAUUAUGGCUUUCAGAGGUUGCAAAAAGUCAUUCCGCGACAUCCAGGAGAUCCAGAGAGGUUACCGAAGGAAGUAUUACUUAAGAGAGCAGCUGACUUGGUCGAAGCUCUGUAUGGAAUGCCACACAAUAACCAGGAAAUAAUCCUGAAACGGGCAGCUGACAUCGCCGAAGCGUUAUAUAGCGUGCCGCGCAAUCACAAUCAGAUCCCCACUCUGGGCAACACUCCGGCUCACACGGGCAUGAUGGGAGUCAACUCCUUCAGCAGCCAGCUCGCUGUGAACGUCUCAGAGACAUCGCAAGCUAACGACCAAGUAGGCUACAGUCGCAAUACAAGCAGUGUCUCCCCACGAGGAUAUGCCCCCAGCAGUACUCCUCAGCAAUCUAAUUACAACACAGUCAGCAAUAGCAUGAACGGAUAUGGUAAUGCUGGAAUGUCCAAUCUGGGCGUCCCUGGUUCUCCUGGAUUCCUUAAUGGCUCCUCAGCUAACUCUCCUUACGGCAUAGUUCCGUCAAGUCCAACCAUGGCAGCCUCUUCAGUCACCCUCCCUUCAAAUUGUAGCAGUACACACGGCAUUUUCUCAUUCUCACCUGCCAAUGUCAUCUCUGCAGUGAAACAAAAGAGCGCCUUCGCGCCGGUGGUUAGGCCCCAAGCUUCUCCUCCACCAUCUUGUACCAGCGCCAAUGGGAAUGGACUUCAAGCUAUGUCCGGGCUGGUAGUUCCACCCAUGUGAACCCACAUUUGUUUACCUUCGUAGCACUGAGCAUCAAAAGAUGGGCUUCAGGGGUCAAGUUUAGUGUAUUGAGACACGCUGAAAGAGUACCUUCAACACAAAUCAGCAGCAAUGGAAAUGCUACACAAAAGACUUUGUUUAAAGAUUUUAUUUAAACUAUUAAGAAUCAAAAUGCAAACAACCUACUUCUUCAUGAACAAUUCCAUUUUAUUGACUGAACUUUUCUCAUAUUUUCACAUUUCUCAGUCCUGAAGAAUAAGGGAAAAAAAAAAAGCGACGCCUAUUUUGUAUAAAGUUUCUGAUUACGUCUUGGCUAUGUCUCUAGUCCUUGCUAUGUGUUGGGAGAAACUUUGUGGAUGCACCAUUUUGAUUAUCAUGAAACACUGACGAAAAAUGUCUCCGGAUCAUUUUUCUGUACUCAUAAUUAGAUCACAAUGGUUGUGUAUCUCUAUAAUGUGAAAUAUUUUUUUGUGGUGAAAA